GUCUAGAAAGAAAUCUGCCGAUUCGGCGGACCAUCUCGUUCUGGCCUCCAUCCCAUGGUCCCCGAGGCGAGGAGGUGCAGUCGGGAGGUGCCUCGUGAGGAAGUAGGCAAAGGAGAAGAAAGAAAAAAAAUACGCGGCUUGGUCACCACCACACGAGUUCAUCCAAACGCAAAAGUGGGAGAGGACGGCGCUAUCUCUCAGCCGCCGGGUACUCCGCCGCGCCGGUAAGCUCUCGAGAACAGUUCGCCGUCACGUUCAGUUUCGUUCGCAGCGCAACUGCGUGAGCUUGGAGUCACCACGUGACUCGCCACUUAUCAGGGGCCCAUAUCGUAUCGAUCAUCAAAACAUCGUCGAUUUCUCUAUAAAAGCUCGCAUGACAUGCGUCAAGGAUUUUUCUCGCGAUUUCGAUAACGCCUCGCGCAACCCGCCGCUGGAUCAUUCUGAGCAAACAGAGAACUGCCUUUUUUCGUCGUAAAAUUUCCGCCAGUCAGUUUUCGAGUGAAAGCGAAGGUCGAUCGAUAAGAGGUGCCGAUAAGGUUCUGCCGCAAUCGUCUCACGUUCGCAGCAGCCCAAGGGGAUAGGGAGAAGAAGCGCAUGGAACAGGAAGCUAUCGCGACAGGGAAAUAGCGAUAGAAGUGCACCGGCGAAGCCGCGGAUCUCCGACUGCUGAGGAACUUGCCACGAGAGCAGCGAGUCUCGUUCUUUCUGCGGCAAACGCACAGUGCCAGUCCGCCAGUCCGUUGACCCUCGCACGAGUGUGUCGCGCCAAACAAGCGACUCUUCCCUUGGAGAACCGCGCGUUCGCGUCGCUUCGAGCAGCUCCUUCGGCGUCGCCCAACUCGGCUAUCCGGCUAUCGGCGAGUAGCAGGCUUGCCUUGUACAUCUUGUGAAACGAGAUGCGGUAACGAGAGUGAGAGGAAAUAUGAUGUCGUUGUCCAAUGUUGACGUGAGUUACGGCGGGCAGCUGAGCACGUCAUCGAUCAGAGGUUCCCUCUGGUUGCUGUGGCUCUGUCUAUUCGCAAGCUUGGUCACCCCGAGCUUAUCAAUCGACGUAUCCUGCUGCCCCGGCGGCACGAAAUGGCAGUACUCGUUCAAUUGUACGAACGGUACGGAGAUCCGUAUCCAAGAAGAAUGUCCGGGCUCGUUCUACCUGAUGGAUCCCGAGCUGUCCGAGCAUGACAAUUACACUGUUAUAUACGAGAACGACACCGCCUGGCUGCUGAUGGAACUCACCCAUGAGAAAGUUCCGAUUGACAGAUUCUGCACAGCGAAAUCGGUGCGGAGCAACAGCGAGAUCGCCCUGGUAUGCUUCGACGAGAUGGACGGGAUCACGUCGAAGACCUGGAAGGCCACGCUGAUCUGCAUCGUCAGCAUCAUCUCGGCGAUUUUCCUGAUCGCCACCCUGGCGAUUUAUGUUAUACUGCCGGAAUUGCGGGAGCUGCAGGACAAGGCGAUGAUGGCCUCCGUCACGACCCUCGCGGUCAGCUACACCGUUCUCUCCAUUCAGCACUUAUGGCCGAACGAGACCGACGACAUAGUCAUCUGCGUUGCACUCGGUUUUAUAUUGUAUUUCGCCUUCAUGUCCGCGUUCUUCUGGCUGAACAUCGUGGCCUUCAACGUGUGGCGAUGCGUGUGGUUUAAGAACUUCAGGGUAAAGGAUCAAUCGCUCUUCUACGCCUACUGCGUCUGGGGAUGGGGCGGUCCGAUAUGUUUCCUGAUCGCCGCGCUGACGACGCAUCUUACGCCGGGAGAUCACUUGCAACCCGGCUUUGGCGAUCUGAGCUGUUGGUUCAGCGGCACUACACAGACAUGGGUGUACUUUUACGGGCCGAUCGCUAUUUUGUUAAUAUUAAACAUGACCUAUCUCGGGAUGACCAGCUGGCGUUUGUGGCAUCAGUAUCGCGAUUACACGGGAAGCAAGUUGCGAGUCUUGCGAUUUAAGUGUCUGCUGUAUAUCAAAUUGGUGCUCGUCAUGGGUAUCACGUGGAUCUUUGAACUGCUGUCAUUCGCCAUUGGGGCGAGAAUGGACGAGUUCUGGAUACCGACGGAUCUGUUGAACGGUCUCCAAGGAUUCAUCAUAUUCUUGCUUUUGGUCGCGACGCGGAAAAGGGUGCGGAAACUGUUGGCGAAGAAGCGACCGUGCGGUAUCGCCUUCCCGAAAUCCUGGGCCGCGUACGAGGACGAGGAGUGCGAAGAAGCGGUGCUGCCCGAGGAGCUCGAGCUGUCUCAACAAGGAUAACACACGUGUUUUCCUCUUUCGCAGUUUCUUUUCCAGAAUCAUCAAUCGCGGAUUAAAUGUGAGAAAUAUCGCCUAGGGAAAAGACAAUAUUGAUUUAUCUGUACAAUAUUGAUUAUCUAUUAUCGGACGCAGAUAAUCGCGACUGUUGUCGAGCUUUUAAUUAAUUUGAUCCUACAGAAACAGCUCCUUUGUAAGCGCUGCAGAUUUUAUUCGCCUGGACAAAUAUUCUCGUUGUAACAUAGUCUCAAUUAUAUUAAUCCAUUUAUCACUCGUGAUUCAGUUUAACCGAAACUAAUUAUUACUUUAGACUUUAGAGUAUAUCUCUUGUUAACGUAUCAUCAUCUAUUCUUUUAUAUAUAGCGCCGUAAGAAAGACAUUUGCCUAUAAUAGCGAGUUAAGCAAUACAAAUGUAUGUUUUAAAUAUCCGAUCAGCGCGUGGAAACGUGUUGUUUUCACGAUAUUAUAGCGUAAUGAAGUAUAUUAUUAUUAUUAUUAAGCGCUGUAUAAGAAUCUCCGUAAACAUUAUGUAAAUGUUGGACCGAACCACACUACGUGUGUGUGUGUGUGUGUAGAGCAAAACUCGUGGAAAGAAUAUUAUGAAGGAUAAUUACUCAUCGGUGUGCAAUAUCAUUUUACGCUCGUGAUUCAGUUACAA